UAUGACACACGGAGCUAUCUAUUGUAUGUCGACAUCGGAGAAGCCCCACCACCACCGACUGAGCUCCGCAACUUGAAGAAACCGACCGCGGCUGUGCCUCACAGCCGCGCCCCCCCACCAACCACCAUCGACCUCCCACCCAAAGCAUCGUCACCGCAACCAUGUUCACAGGCCUCGUUGAGAUAAUAGGCACCGUCACCGCCCUCGAGCAACUCGACGAGUCCUCCUCCGGAGGCGGCGGCACGUCCCUGACGAUCGGGCACGCGCAGGACAUUCUCGGCGAUGCGAACCUGGGCGACAGUAUAAGUGUCAAUGGAACAUGCCUCACGGUGACCGAGUUCGACAAGACGUCCUUCAAAGUUGGCGUCGCGCCCGAGACGCUGCGGCGCACGAACCUGGGCGACUUGAAGCAGGGCUCGAAGGUCAAUCUUGAGCGUGCGGUGUCGGCGUCUACGCGCAUGGGCGGGCAUAUGGUUCAAGGGCAUGUUGAUACGAUAGCGAGCAUAGAGUCCGUUACACCGGAUGGGAAUGCGCUCACGUUCCGGUUCAAGCCACGGGACCCCGCUGUGUUGCGGUACAUUGUCGAGAAGGGGUUCAUAACAGUGGAUGGGGCGAGUUUGACGGUCACGAAGGUCGAGGAUGGUCCCCAGGGGUGGUGGGAGGUCAUGUUGAUUGCGUAUACGCAAGAGAAGGUCGUCACGGCGGCUAAGAAGCCAGGGGAGCAUGUCAACGUCGAGGUCGAUCAGGUUGGCAAGUAUGUGGAGAAGAGUGUCACUGGGUACUUCGAGGGCACGGCGAACGGAGAGUUUGCCAUACUCGAGAAAAUGGUCUCGAGGCUUGUGGAUGAGAAGCUCGAGGCAUUGGGCAAAUAAGAUGGAAGAUAUGGAAAUGGUAGCCGGCAUACGGCACCGUUUGAUAUACACUUACCUGAAGCAACUUAAGUUCGUCGGAUAACAAGGCAAGGCUUGCCGAGAUCUUGAAGAGUUUUGGCAGGAGACGCAAACAAUGAAGUCUGGGGGCUACAAACCUGACCAUAGAGAAAGCCCAAAGAGAUGGAGUAUCAGGGUGUUGGCGAUUCGGGGAUGAAUGCCUAGUGGAUGGGUGUGGUGGCUCGUGAAUGAAGAAGUGAGGCGCAGCCCUCCCUCCCUGUCUGGCUCCCUACAUCCAGCAAACGCCAUAUAAACUCAAAUCUAUCCACGCUCAAUGUUUGU